CUACUGGUAGAUGAUGCCAGCACACUAGGUCAGAUUGAUGUGGAUUUCAAAGUGUUUGAUUGAUCAAAACGGUGGUUCACGUCAAUGGAAUGUCUACUUUGAACGCAGCAUACAAUGACGCUGUCACGUCUCGUCUAGUCAGCUGAUUAACAUCAUGCAUAAUUAACGAUAUAAUUUUUUUUUAAAGUUUUUGUAUCAAUUAUUUAUAAAAUGUAAUAUACAGAAAUGGGGGGGGGGGUCUGAAAAUUUGAUAAUAUAAUGUCAUCGGUAACGAGUCCAUGUGCUAAGUUUCAGCGCCAUAGGUUGACGGGAAGUGGGUCAGUUAGCCUUUUGACGAUUUUGCCAGCAACUAACAAAAGCAAAGUUAAUUUAAAGGAUUAAAAAAAUAAAUGAUUUCAUAGGAUAUAUUUUCAUUUUUUUUAUCAGAGUAAGUUAAAAAUAAAUAUUGUGUUGCUAAAACAUGUUAUUUAUUCAGUUGAUAUGAAAUAGUCAUAGCUUUAAAUUACCAAUUAGAAUUUAUAAAGUAUGAUACAAGUUGUUUUUUUUAAAUUUCACUACUACUAACAUCAUUUUUGCAAUGCGUUGUACAGUAAAUAGAGUCUAUAUCAAAUAAAUCAAGUUAUUCAUUAAGUUGUAGCAAAGCCGACUCACGUCUUGCGGAUGGAACAAAUAUUUUGUUACAUGAUAAACCCAAUCCUAAGUUUACAGAACAGCUGCACGAGUCACUGGAGGACUACGUCACACACAACUUCCCCCAGGGACUUGUUCGUCUGGUACGUAACUCAGAACGAGUGGGACUGACCAAGUCACGCAUGCGUGGCAGCGCUGAGGCAAAAGGCGAGGUGCUGGUCUUCUUCGACAGUCAUAUGGAAGUCAACAUUGAGUGGUAAAUAAAUACUUCAUACAUACUUCAUAAUUUAAUGUAGCCUUAAAAAAUAACAUUUUAUUGCAGAGUUUAGACACAAAUAUAUAGAAAGGUGAAAUAGCUCAAAUCACCAGCAUGUCAUUUUUUACAAAAAAUUCCAGGCUAGAGCCCUUGUUGACGGAAAUAGCUAAAAACAGUUCGGUGGUCGCCAUGGCAACUCUGGACUACGUGCAGCCCAAUACUCUACAUUACAAGUACUAUGACAACUACCUUCCACGAUACGGCUGGAACUGGAGGCUGAUAUUUUUUGAAAACUCCUUUAGAGAUGAUCAAGUAGGAGGCGAUCCCAGGAACCCAAGAGAGUGA